AUGGAGACUCAUGUCCAGCUCGUGGUUUCGCUGCCCUCGAUAGCAAUGCUCUUGGGCUCCAUGGCUGUCUUUGUGUGCCGAUUGCCCGAUACGAUCCAGGCAGGAUUCCAGAUGUUUUCAGCAGGCCUUCUGAUCUCCGCUGUUGGCAACGAGCUCCUGCCACUGCUGUCGCCCAAAAGCUCAGACACCUCGAACUUGGUGUCCACGGUGGCGCUUGUGAUUGGCUUUGUGAUCGGCCUGAUAUUUAUGUUCGGUCUCGGAUACCUCACAGAGAGCAUGGAAGAAGAUGAAGACGAGGAGCAGCCGACGCACAGGAGAACUCACAGCGACAUCGAGACAGCGCUGCUCGAUGUCGAUGAAGCCGACCGGACGAGGGCGAAGGAAGGCUUCCAAGCAGAAACUGCUGAGAUUCGGAGGGAGGUUCAGCGGUUGCAAACUGUUCUGCAAGACGGCUGCCAGAAUUCCAUUGAUGAGAUCCUACAUGGCCUGGAGUAUCGAGUUCACAAGGCCACACGCGUGCUCUAUGUCCGAACAGGGAUCGACGACUACAAUCACAAAAGGAUGAAAGAACAUGGGCGAGAAUUGGAUCACGCAUCAGUGAAACUCCAAGGCUUCGACACAUUCCAAAAGGCGAAAGACGACCUCAAAGCGUUUCAGGCUUGCCUGGAGCAUUUGCAUGGUCACGCGGAGCGUGUACCUCACUUCCGGCGGUGGAAGGCCCUUGCGAAGCCAACCGAGGAAGCUCAGCUGUCGGAGCGGCUGCCGCUUCCUUUAGUGGGUGCAGUCACGGUAGAUGCUGCAGUGGACGGGCUGUUGAUCGGCUUGUCCUACGCAGCAUCUCCGAGUGCGGGUAUUGCCAUGGCAGCUGCAACCUGCAUAGAAAUGGGCUUCUUGGGCCUUUCCUUCUGUGCCUCUCUGCAGAACGCCACGCGCUCGGCGUGGAAGAUCGUGAUAGUAGCCCUGCUGCCGCCCGUGAUCUUGGUGCUGUCCGGCGAAGCAGGACACAGGCUGGGAAGGAUGUGCUCGGAGAAUCCUGAGGUCUUCAUUGGUUUCAUCAGCUUCUCCAUCGUUGCCUUGCUCUUCCUCGUGACACAGGAGCUCCUAGUCGAAGCACAGGAAGUUGCAAGUGGCUCCAAGCUGAUCAACGCGAUGUUCUUCUUCGGACUUCUUGCCGGGAUACUCUUGGAGAUGCUUGGACCAAAUAGCUUCUUCCAUCCCAUAGACUUGCAGAGAAUCGUCUCUGAGGCUUCCCUGGCAGACUCAAGUCAGGGAGAGAAGCUUGGGAGAUAUCUCUUCGAGGCCGAGGUGAGCGCAAAUCGAUCGGUUGAGAUGAGCCAGUCUUCUAGCUUGCGCCUCUUCUUGCCUCUUGCCGUAGGGCUGCCGAAGAAAGCCGCACUCCAGCGCCUAAAGGAGGAGCUCGCCGCCAAUGACGAGGCGAAGUGUCAACGAGCGUGCUGCUACGUCUGCAGCUAUCCGAUAUGCAUCGGCGGAGCUGACACGGCUCCGGAAAACCAACGUGCUGAACGCACUUCUGGCCCACUUGCGGGAUGGGCUGCUUCGCGCUUCCCGAGCUUGCGCCUCUGCAGCAGCAAAGUGCAGCGUGAGAAGAUGCUUCUGGUCCUCGUGCAGGGCCUCAGUGCUUUGUUGGCACUGCUUUUGCGCCUGGCUGCGCCGGGCUUUUGUCGAAGCAGCCAAGCAGGAGUUGGAGUCUGCGUGUGCGAAGGUCCUGCAACCCUGAAUCCGCCGGACACGGAGUAUUGCUAUCGAGAUCAGAUGGCUUUCCGUGCCGAGUUCUCUUCGAUCCUUAUAUACAUUUUGCUGGCCAUCCUAACGGUGCAAGGCUCGCUGGGCUCUCUCUGGCGGGCACAGGGCUUGGCCCACCGCGUGGCUGUCCUACUGCUGAUUGCCACGGUGCAGCUUGUGCUGCUGGUGGUCACCCUUUGCCUCCCAUCUGGCUUAUUUGUGGCUGUUGAGGAUUUCGGGAUGUUUGCGGCUGCAGCUUACCGCGUGCUGCAGGCGGUCCUCUUCAUGGACUGGGCCUACAACCUCAAUGACCGCCUUUACAGCGGUGCCGUCCAGAUGAGACAGCGGCUUAUCAGCAGUGAUGCCUAUAGCUGGCGCUCGCGCAUCAUGGUUGCCGCCUCUGUUCUAUUGCUUCUGGGCUCGCUCGCAGCAGCCAUUUUCCUGUGCAUGCACGAGCCCGAGGUGAUCUGGUGUGUGGUGAUAUCUUUCAUCUUUUCCGUGCUCCUGUUGGGAGUGAGCAUAACAACCUGGUGCGAGCAUGGCUCCCUGAUGACUUCCUCGGUCAUGCUGGCUUACAACGUCUAUCUCUGCCACCAGGUCGCGGAAAUCCGGCCUGACAGGGCUGCUCCGUUGGAGGAUGAUGACGUUCCGACCACGCUGUAUGGCCUGCUUGUGCCGGCCUGUUCCCUUGCUUACUUCGCCAUUAGCAGCAGCCCUGCCAGGCACCUUGCUGGUCGCAGUGCAGCAGCCGUCGAUGAAGAUGACGACUUUGACCCCAGCGACUUCUUGUUGCGCUGUGGAGUCCAUUUCCUGGCCGACUUCUACGUAACCUCGUUGCUGGCCCCACGUGUGAGUUGGCUCAGAUUCAACGUGCGAGCGGCUACAGUCUUUGUCUGUAUCGCGGUGUACGGCUGGACCUUGGUGGCCCCCAAGGUGUUGUCCAAUAGAUCAUUCUGA